CUCUACGACCAGGGUGGGCCCGUGGAAAUCCUGCCGUUCCUCUACUUGGGCAGCGCUUACCAUGCCUCCCGAAAAGACAUGCUGGACGCUUUGGGGAUCACGGCGUUAAUCAACGUCUCGGCAAACUGCCCCAACCACUUUGAAGGGCACUACCAGUACAAAAGUAUCCCCGUGGAGGACAACCACAAGGCAGAUAUCAGCUCCUGGUUUAACGAGGCUAUUGAUUUCAUAGACUCAGUUAAAAAUGAUGGAGGAAGGGUAUUUGUGCACUGCCAGGCUGGCAUUUCCCGGUCAGCAACCAUCUGCCUUGCUUAUCUCAUGAGGACCAACAGAGUCAAACUGGAUGAAGCCUUUGAGUUUGUGAAGCAGAGAAGAAGCAUCAUUUCCCCAAACUUCAGCUUCAUGGGGCAGCUGCUUCAGUUUGAGUCGCAGGUCCUUGCCCCCAACUGCUCAGCAGAAGCUGGGAGCCCUGCUAUGGCAGUACUGGACAGAGGAGCCUCGACUACCACUGUCUUUAACUUUCCAGUCUCCAUCCCUGUUCACACCUCAUCCAGUGCUUUAAGCUAUCUUCAGAGCCCCAUCACCACUUCCCCGAGCUGCUGAAAACCAGGUGAAAACAUGGUCAGAACUCAGACUUACUGUCUCAGAAGUGCAAUAACUACAGGGACAGUGUCAUCAGCCACUUGUGUUUUGUGGGAACCAUCCAUGCAUCCCAGAACAGUGUCGUAAACGGAGGGAGCUCACCUGAUGCCAGAGAACUAGGUGUUACCAAUUCUGCUGACUUUUCAAGCCAGUAUCUGGAUGUCUACACAGAGAUCAAUGGACACUGUCUCUUCCUGAGCUAUUCCUCUGUCUUUCGUCUGUCCUAAGCCUGUUCCAUGUUUAGUAGCAUGCUCACCGGUAUUCCCAUUCCUGGACACUUUGAGCAACACUGAUGCUGUCCCCUUUUAUAUGACAGUCCUAUUUAUUUAUUUUUACAGUAGUGCAUUGGGGGUUUUUUGCCUUUACAAACCUAAAGCUUAAUUUUUAGAGAAACCAAAUACCUCAGUAUUUUUUGGUACUGUAAUCCUGUGUGUGUAUGUCAGCUCUUCUUGUUUCCCAAGCACUGACGUAAAAGCACCAGGCGAGUGCUUUUUUGAGUUGCCAAGGGUUGUAUGUUUGCUGAUUUAUUUAUGAUGUGAAAUAAUAUAUUUCUUCUUAUGAAGACAUAGUUUUGUUACAUGAUUAUAACUUUUUUAUACAAACAGAAUAAAUUAUGAUUUCUAUUGA